AUGAAGGCAGCCGCGUCGUUGGGAUGGGGAGUGGCGACCCGGGGGCCGUGCGUCUCUGUUGCCACGCCGGCUACUACGGUGCCGUGGGCGCUUCUCCGUCGGGGAAAAGCUGCGGCAAGUUGCGCGUUUUCUUCCUCCCCAUCUUCGGUUGCCACAACUCGCCCGCAUCCAGGUUAGUGUCAUUCUCUUCUUGCUCUCGUUAGUUCAUUCUUUUCCUCUUUUGGUGUGAUGCUGAAGUCUUAUCAGCUUACCGGCCUUAACUUUUCUUUUUCGCGAUUUGAGAUACGUCCCAGUUUCCUUCGACUUUUCUAGUUAUUUUGUAUCCCUGAAAGCUUUUCUGGACUCCUGGGACCCAUGUUACUGUCGAUGUUGAUGCCCUUUAUAUUUGCUGAAAUCAGAUAGGUUUUGAACUUUUCGAAGGCACAGGAUGAAUGGCUUUUUUUAUCGAUGAAAUUAAACGGCAAUGCAUUAGGCCACUUCCACGAAUCAAAACUAAGGAACUUUAUGGCUAGGCUCAUUUUCUUUUAAAUGGCUACAAAAGUGUAUUAGCUAUGUGGGAAAUCAAAUGGGAAGGAGAAUGCUGGGAACGAUUUUAUGACGUUAAAAUCUCGGAAAACACCUGCUGUUUGUCAUUAAGAAUAAACACCAAACAGGCCUUACUAAUUUUUAUUUACUCUGUCCUAGGAUAAUUAACUGUUGUUGGAAAAUAAACUAUAUUAUGAUUAUUGUCUUUCUAUAAAUGCAAUUUUUGGAUUUUUCUGGUUCCACAUCCUUCCUUUUGGCAGAAUACCAAAAGUUGUGUUUUUAGAUUUUUUUUGACAAGAAUUUUUUUUUACUUCUGUCAGAACAAGUCUCAAUUGUAGAGCAUGGGAAGUUUACAAUUGUAGAGCUACUAAUAAAGUAAUUCAUGUUCGAACAUUUUAUCUACAUUGUGUGGAUGACAUUGGUUUAUCAUUCUUGUAGUUCUUGGAUCGUUUAGUUUCCCUGGCUUGAAAUUGUAUCAGUUUAUUUCAGAGUAUGUUUUUAUAAUUCGUGUCCAUUAAAGCAGACCACUUAUCAUUCAUUGAAGACAUCGCUGCAGCCAGGCCUCCUGAGCAUCUAGAGUGUCUGAUGAGCAUUCUUCAAACAAGAGGUAUCUGUUGUCUGUUUUCACAAUGAUCUACCUUGCCUAUCAUGGCAUUAUUCAUUUGUUUGAAGUAUAUUUCCAGACAGCCAAUAUCCUAUUGUCAUUCGGGUUUUGUCUGUGGUCUAUUGGCUGAUUACAUAAACAAUAAGUUCCAACUCAAGGAUAACAUCUACUUUAGCUGAAGAUAGAUCAGCGGAACAAAGAACAGAUAUUCAAGAUGAACUAAAAUGGAAUAAUGAUUAAUCAGAAAUAAAAUGACAUGCCACCAUUAAAUAAGUUGUGAGUGUGAAACCGGUUCCAUCGGGGUUUGGAUAUUUUGGGCUGGGUUCGAAGAGAGCAAGUGAGGGGAAGAAGAGAUGCCAUCUACAUGGGUGAUAUAGGGUCUUGGCCCACGUUAUGCAAUGCAUACUCAGGCUUCUUGGCUGGAUCCCAUUGGGCUUGGUCUACUUUUACAUCCGAACUUCAUUUUGAGGUUUGAGCUUAGGACAAAUAGGGAUGGGUUUUUGACUCACAAAGAAGAGAUCCCUAGUACGGGAUUUGUAUGAAAUGACUAUACAUAUUAUUUAUUGAGAACGGACUAAACAAAAGAGAUUAGACUUUUCAUGCAACUUAGGAUGUGAGAUAACCUUAGGAUAUUAUUUUUUUCUAUCAUACAGACAAAAAAAAUUCCUACAGAAAUUCAUCAGUGGUAGUUUUUAACCUUUUUCGUUGUAUGAGAUUUGACUGUUCUCUAUGGGUUAGUAAACGAAUCAAAAUGAUUUUAGAAACUACUAUCAGAUGUCUUUUUAAGCCCUUUACCUGAUCACUUUUGACAUGUGAAAUUCCUCCAUUUUUUUUAGAUUUAUUUAUCAUUUCUGACUUAUUAAAUUCUUUAUCAAUUUCAAUUUUCCGUUUGUACUUGCAGAAUUCUUUUCAUAUUUGAAAUGUCGUAUUUCCAAUAAUUGUCUAAUUUGUGGGCAUAAAUAAUUCGUUAUUAUUCUUGUUUUUUGAAUGAAAUAUAGGUUCAAGGAAUGCGUUCUGAUAAAAGUUUUCAUUUUCAUUUUCAUUUUCAUUUUAUUUGGAAAAACAAUGGUGAAAAGUUAUUGUUUGGGUUACUGUUCUGCCGAGUCAAUUGACAUUGACAAGACUGAGCUUUUUUAUAAUUAUUUUAUUUUUUAAUGUGCAUCAACUGGUUCUUAGUCCAUAUGCUUUUGAUACAGGUGAAACAGUUGUAUCCCCAGGAUCUCGGGAAGGUUUGAUUCCUCUAGUUAUUCCGUUGAGCAGAAAGUCAUCAGGUUUGGGAAGAAGGCUAAUAAAAUAAAUUAUUAGUCUUUCUUUAGCCGCUUAUUGUUUGACGUUAUUUUCAAUUUGGUCAUCAUUCUGUAUUUGCCUUCCUUGGUAACAGGUGCUUUAACAGCCUUAUUGAGAUGGCCAACAUCUCCUCCUGGGUAUGAUCCCAAUGUUGGAAAUUUGAAAUCUUUCUUAUUUGCAGCUUAAGUAAACCAAUUAGAGUUUGAAAUCUUUCUUAUUUGCAGCUUAAGUAAACCAAUUAGAGUAUUCAUUUCCCUUUUUCGAUCUCAAAUAGGAUGGAGAUGCCAGUUGUGGAAGUUCAUAAGCAUGGUGUUUGGCUUUUGGCGAAGAAUGUAAGAAUACUUUAAAAAUACAACAGUUAUUAGUUACUAGAAUCUUUUAAUCUGUCUAAGUAGCAAAUAGAAUUUUUCUUUCUGCUCUUUAGGUUCCGUCAUAAGCUAACCAAUUGAAAAUAAAUAUUGUCUUUAUUUUUGAAGAUUUGUUGUUUAAUAAAAUAGUGUUCUAGUAAAAUUCUAAAAUGAAAAUGCACACCGUUUCGUCUUUGUUAAUCAGGAUUAAUUAUAUUAUUCAACUGUAGACCUUAUUCAUAUUAUGCUUCAUUUGAGACUUCAAGGGUGGUCUGUUGCCAAAUGCUGAAAGUUGUUGCUGUGGUUACCUUCACUAUGCUUUAAAUAAAGCAAAUACAUAAUUGUGACGUGUAUUGUUUGAAGGAAAGCCGCAUAUUCCUCUCUGCUACUUCUCUGUCGUAUUGCAUAUGCAAUAGCCGUCUAUCAUAUUUUCUGUGUUCUUGUUAGUCUCUCGAAUUAUUUUCAAAUGCUUUUACAAUAUUCAUAUCUUGGUUUAAAAAGUAGCUUACAGUAUGAAGAAUGUAAAGUGUCCUGCAUUAUACCAAAAAGUAACAAGAAUUCAUUUGCCAGCUGCAUUUCCAUGUGAUGAAGAACAUUGGCCCAUAGCCUUCAAUCCAUGAAAGCAAACGCUGCCCAAUCCGCGAUUAUUUUCAAAUAAUUUUACAAUAUUCAUUUCUUGGUUAAAAAAGAAGCUUACAGUAUGAAGAAUGUAAAGUGUCCUGCAUUAUACCAAAAAGUAACAAGAAUUCCUUUGCCAGCUUCAUUUCCAUGUGAUGAAGAACAUUGUCCCAUAGCCUUCAAUCCGCGAAAGCAAAUGCUGCUCAAUCCGCAAUUAUGAAUCGUUCUGUGGGAUUGUAUAACAGAACAUUUCUCAUGAUCGUAAUAGGAGAGACUGAUGAAAGGGUGGAUGGCGAAUUGGACUAUGAUUACCCCCACUUCCCAGCCAGGGAAUGGGGUUAAAAAUUGGUUCAGGGAUAUAUGAUUUUAGUCUAGAUUGGUAUUGGCCGAUUGCAUGUACAUCAAACAGAAGUCAACGGUCAUCUGAAUUUUUCCUCCAGUCCAGUGUUCAGGCAUUACUCCCAUGUGUGAUGGUUCAGUUUAUUACUCUAUAGCUUUGUGAAUUAUGCCGGUGUGGGCUGUUGCGUUAAAUCAAAUCUUUUCAUUAGGACGAAUUGACAAUUUGCAGCAUUUUUUUUGCAGGUAGAUCAAUAUAUUCAUAGAAUUUUGGUCCAGGAGGAUCAGAACGGGAGUAAUGAAAACCUUUUUAAAACUUCAUCUUUGGAGAGAAUUGGGUUCUACAAAAGGGGUGAUUUUUCUGAAUCUGGAAUAUCUGAUGUUGAUGUCUACCUUUUGAAGAAGGUAGGUCGUGAUACACUGUUCUUCCCCCUAAAAACUGGGUAAAGUCUUGUAGUUUAUCUUGGUUCUAUUUGGCUACCUGUGUAAUUCGGAAAUUACUCUACCCCCACAUCAGGUUGGGCUGUUUCCAGAUAUCAUAGAACAGAAGGCAGCACAUCACUUGGGGAAGGAAGACCAUGUGAGUGGAUAUCUGGUCUCUUGCAUCUAAAUUUCCUCAACCAUCUCUUUGGCUCUCCUUUUAGUUCUUUGCUUUCCUUUGUUGUCAAAGGUUUCUGCACUGAUUACUGGGGAGUUCUACACAAAGAAUCACUUCCCCGGAUUUGGGCGGCCCUUUGCAUUCAAUGCUAACAUUUUACUGAAGUUCGUAGAAGCAUCACCCGACUAAAUUGAGUAGGAUCUUUUUGAGUAAUUGUAUGGAAGCAUAGCUUGACGAUUCUGAAGGGGCGUGAGGAUUGUUGUGUACAUUCUUUUCCUUAUUCUUUGUGGCUUUUAUGUCCAUUAGAGUUGGGCGCAAGCCGGAAGCCAAGGACGCUGCUCGAGGGGCUCUCAAGUCGCCAUGGUGGACAUUGGGUUAUCGAUAUCAUGCAUGUACCCUCCUUUUUCUUAGCACUUGCUUCUCCUAUCAAGUGUUUUGAUUAAUUUAUGAAUGUUGUGUUUCUACUUUUCAGGAGGUUGCCAAGAUCGCUGAGUGGGAAGAUGAGCAAAUUGAGUUUAUAAAGGAAAAAGUAAGUGAAGAUGGCAAGAAGGAAGAUCUUAAAAAGGGAAAGGCACCAGCUCAGGUACUUUGGAUUCCAAUGCUUGUGUCUAAUUUUUGUGGGCAGAUUGCCUCAGAAUGUUCUUCCCUGUUGCUGAGCUAAUUUUUCCAGGUGGCACUUGAUGAGGCGGCUUUCUUGUUGGAUUUGGCCUCUAUUGAAGGGACGUGGGACGAUAGUGUGGAAAGAAUAUCUGGAUGCUAUGCAGAGGCUGGACUCCAUGAUAUUGCGAAGUUUGUGCUGUACAGAGAUUAG